AUGAGAUUGAAAAUCAAACAACAAGAGAACAGCCGGCACAAAGAAAUGGUCACUGCAGUAGGCUGGACUUCAUCUAAUGAGCUCUACACUUGUUCUGACGACAAUACCGUUGUAGUUUGGGAUAUGAAUGGUGAACCCCUAAAUACAGCAUUCACACUCGACAUCCCAGUCAGCGAUAUUUCUUGGCAGCCAGCUGCCAGAGGCAGCUCAGAAACCCUUGCAAUUGCAUGUAUUGAUGGAUCUUUUAAAAUUGUCAGCAAAACUGGAAGAGUCGAAAAACAUGUACCUGACGCCCAUAGAGGCGCAGUAAUUACAAUCAAAUGGAGCUAUGAUGCAUCCACAAUAGCUACAGGAGGAGAAGAUGGGCAGGUAAAAAUCUGGGCAAAAACAGGGAUGCCUAGAUCAACUAUUGUACAAAGUGAUAGAUCAAUAUUUUCCCUUGCUUGAUCUCCAGGAUCAGAUCAAGUGCUUUAUGCUUCAAAUAAGAAUAUUUGUAUAAAGCACAUUCAAGCAGGCCAAAAACAAGUCCAAUGGAAAGCUCAUGAAGGCUGUGUACUAAAAGUGGAUUGAAAUCCUUCAAAUAAUUUAUAUGAUUUCAAUAAGCUAAAUAAUAUAUAAUUGCGGACUAUUAUUAUUUAUAAUACAAAAUAGGUGCUCAUAUAAUAAAUUAAAGUUUUUAUUUAUUUUAAUAAAUAUAAUCAUAUCAGGAGGUGAGGACUGCAGAUAUAAAAUUUGGGACACUUUUGGAAGAAAUUUAUUUACCUCUUCUCCUUAUGAAUAUGUUAUGACAUCUGUAUCUUGGUCACCUAAUGGGGAUUUAUUUGCAGUCGGAGCUUUUGAUAUGCUAAGACUUUGUGACAAAACUGGAUGGACCUAUUCUUUGGUUAAGCCUAAAACUGGGUCUAUUAUGAAUUUAGCUUGGAGCUGGGAUGGGACAAUGCUUGCAGGAGGAGGCGGGAAUGGCGCCACAGUUUUUGGGUAUUUAGUUGAUAAAAAGGCAUCAUGGCAGAAUGUAGAAAUCCAACUUCAAGAAGACAAUAAAAUUUAUGUGGUUGACGUCAUACAUGAAAUCAGUGAAGAACUGGAAUUCAGAGACCGAGUUAUCAAUUUCGCUUUAGGCUACGAACAUCUAGUAGUCACAACCACAACUCAAUGCUCAAUUUAUGACGUCCAAAACUGGCAAACUCCCAACAGAUUUGAUAUCAGAGAACCUGCUAGCCUUAUAGUCUUAGGAUCUAAAUACUUUGCAUUAGUAGACCUUGUUAAUGGAAUACAAAUUUACAAUUAUGAAGCCCGCCAAAUGAGCAAUCCGAAAUUCCAAGGCCUUAGAGUUGAAUUUUUAAGCAACAAGUCUAUAUCAGGCUGUAUGUAAAUUACAAUAUUUUUCCCUAUAAAAGUCACUGUAAUUUUCCAUUUUUUCAGAAUCUAUAUCCCCUUUCGACUGACAUUAUAACAGUCGUAGACACCGCUAAUGGCAAACUUCUAAGACUUUUUGACUUAAUCUCAGGCAAGCCUUUAUCUCAGAACAUCGAGCAUAAUCUCGAAAUCCUCGAGGUCUCAGCUAACCAAGUAGACCAUGCUGCAGAGCGUAAACUCUGUAUUAUGGACAACAACAGAGACCUUCUCCUCACAUCAGUUCACAGAAAUGAAAUGACCAAGCUUUGUUCUAUGGUCGAUUCCUUUAGGUGAAACGAAAAAAGUGACAUGCUCGCAGCCAUUGCUGACAGCAAACUUUAUGUCUGGUACUACCCUAACGUCGUAUAUGUUGGCAAAGAUUUAUUGCAGCUUUCCAGAUCCUCCAGAGACGUCUCUAAUGAGGUCGGCAAAAUGUGUGUGAUUGACAGUUUUACAGGGUCUUUGGUGACUGUCAGAAGAAUUGACGGAAGAAUUGCGACUCUUUCAGUUUCUCCUUACCCAGCACUGUUAUAUGAAAACUGUGACCGAGGGCAAUGGGAAAAAGCUAUUCGGCUCUGCAGGUUUGUAAAAGACUCUACACUUUGGGCGUGUUUAGCAGCCAUGUCACUUCAUGCGAGAGAGCUGAAUACAGCUGAAAUUGCUUUGGCAGCUAUUGAUGAGGUUGAUAAAGUCCAGUUUAUCAAUUAUGUCAAAACAAUACCUUCAGAAGUAGGCAGAAACUCAGAAUUGGCUUUAUUCUGCAAGAGGCCACAAGAAGCUGAGCAGAUUUUGCUGCAGGCGAGGUUGUAUUAUAGAGCUAUCAAAAUGAAUGUAAGGCUAUUUAAAUGGGAAAGAGCCCUUGAUAUCGCUUUAGCUAACAAAAAACAUAUAGAUACUGUUAUUGGGUAUAGAAAAAGAUUUUUAGAGUCAAGCGGAAGAGAAGAAACCCUUGAGAAAUUCAAACAGUUUGGAGAAAUAGAAAUAGACUGGGUCGCAAUCAAAACAAAAAUCAAGCAAGAAAAAGAACAAGAAGCCUUAAGUGGUAGACCUUAUGAUGGGUAA